AUGGCCUCCCUGAUCAGACUUAGCUUCUUCUUCUUUGUGCUUUUUCAUGCCUUUCUCUUACUUUCUCCCUUUGUGCAUGGUAGUGAUGAAGAUGAGGACAAUCUUCUCCAAGGCAUUAACAGUUACCGAAGAUCACUAAACUUGCCAGUCCUCGUCAAGAACGAUAACGCAGGUUGCCUAGCAGAUAGAAUUGCUGAUGAUAUAGAGGACCUGCCUUGCAGCAGCCCCACCAACGGUGCUAACAUUCUGCCUAGCUCUCAGAGUCCACUUGCCAAUCUUCCCAAGCACUUAAGGAAGUGCAAAAUCGAUGCCAACAGCACACAAGAUGGGGUUAUUUUGCCUGUUUGUGUGCCUAAAUUGGUCCCAACUCUGGUGCUAACCAAUUAUACUCACUCUCCAAAAUACGCAAAGUAUCUGAACGAUUCGAGGUUCAGUGGGGUUGGGGUUGGCUCUGAGGAUAAUUGGGCUGUGGUGGUUUUGGCCUCAUCUAACCCAAGUGGAAACUUUGCUAAUGCAGCAGGAUCUUUAGUUUCAAUGUUCGGUUUUGGACAUUAUUUGGUCUUCUUGUUGUUAGGAGUAUCUCUUAUCUUGGUUAGCUGA